AUGUGUUUUUUAAAUUUUUAUAAUUGUGUUAUAUCUUCCAAAACUGUUAUAGAUUGUCUUUAUGAAUUUUUAAUAAAUUUUAUUUAUAGACCUUCAGUUCCUAUGGAACGAUCAAAGAAAAUUAUAAAUAGGUGUAAUAUUGAAAUUAACUCAAACUCUUCUACCAAUUUUGUCAACAAUUUAAUGAAUUAUAUACAAUUUUUACUAAUUUGCUGCCCAAAUUUAGAAUUUAUUGAAUUUGAUUUUGAAUGUCUUAACGCAGUUUCACCCAAAAAAUUUCUCUUAAAUCUCGAAUCCGUUAUUAUUUUAUUUAUUGAGCAUCUCAAAAAUUUAAAAACUGGUAGGAAAAAUUUGAAAAUCGAAGUAGAAUUUGCGUCAAUAUUUGAUGACUAUAUGUUUGAUAAUAUCGAUACUGACAACAAAUUUUUUAAUUUGGGGAAACCUUUUGAAAUAGAAAUCGAUGAUUUAUUGGCAAAUGAUGAGUAUCCAGCCUAUUAUGCACGUAAUAUAGAAAUUGUUGAUUCUGUUGGAAGACAACACGAAUGUUUUGUUGAAAUACUUUCUGAAAAAUUAUGUGGAUUAUGA